UGUACGUCGUUUGCGUUUAAUCGUUUCGUACUGAGAGAAGGAUCGAUCGACCCGACGCGUAGACCGAGAUUGUGCCCCGGAGUAUUCAAAACGUUUACGUUCCACGUAUCAGUUUGUUUCUUUUCUUGUGAUUUGUGCAAAUACAACAGGAGUUUUGUGCAGUGAUAGGCUUAACAAAAGCAAAACCAAAUGGUUGUCCUCGAGGAAGGCGGUAUGCUGACUACUGGACACAAUCAAUAUCUACAACCGGAUUAUCUUUCUCCGCUUCCAACCACGUUUCUCUACUUUAUUUUACAGUUGGAUGCGAAGAAGAGUCCAUUAGCUUUAUUGGCACAAACAUGCAGUCAAAUCGGUGCCGAUUCACCAACAAAACCUUUGAUUUCCCCACUGGAUAAAACCCCGAAAGGCAUGAAUAACGGUACAAACGCAAAGUCUCCUCCAGCUGCAAAAUUGGAACGGAGCACACGCAGCAGCCCGUCGGACGGGAAAUCAUUGGCGUUCAAGCCUUACGAAACCAACGUUGUCUCGAAGAAAUCUACCGACGAGGGUAGGCCAGCGUCCAAAGCGAGUGUUCACAGUGUUAGUGGUCAAGAUAAUGUGAGUGUAAGUGAUCAGGUGGAGAAAAAAUCGUCGGGAAAUCGUACGCCCGUCGGACGCAAAUCAGCGUCUCCAAAAGCCGACGGAUCGCCGCGCAAUAACAACGGUACCAGCCCGAUCAUUCGUUCCGGAAUGGAGAUACUUUCUGGCAGCCAUGCCAAAGACUCGAACUUGGGUGCUUACAAACCUAGUCUUCCUGGCUUCACUGGAAAUCCACUCUGUUGUCCACCGGGCUUGACAGAAAAUCCAGCGUUCAGACCACCGUUUGCCGGAGCGUCUCCAUUUUCUCACCAUCACGCCGCUGCCGCGGCUCUCUUGGGUUAUCCCUCGAGCACUCCGACGGGUGGAAAUCCGUACUUGAGUUACGCUCGUGUCAAGACUCCCGCCGGCGGAGAAGCUUUGGUGCCGGUUUGCAAAGAUCCCUAUUGUACCGGUUGUCAAUACAGUAUGCAUAGCGCGCAGCUAAUGAUGGGAACCGGAACUUGUCCCAGUGGAUGCACACAAUGUGAUCAUCAGAAGUACGGUUUAGCGAUGGCGUUAUCGUCGUUCGGCCCUAUGGCUCCUCCGUCGCUUUCUUACCCGUCUACGUUAACCGGCGGUAGACCGUACGUAUGCAAUUGGAUCGUUGGCGAUUCUUACUGCGGAAAACGAUUUACCACGUCUCUUCGUAGUCACACCAGUUUAACAAGCGGUGAUCACGCCUCAUCUUCGGCCGCUCUGCUCACCAAUCCGCAUCCACAUCCAUUGCUCUCGCCGUCGGCAGCGUUGCAUCGUGCGAGCGGCGGCUCGUAUCCGACGCCAUCUCUGAGUCCGUUGAGCGCCAGAUAUCACCCAUAUGGAAAGCCACCGACGGGACCUCUUCCAGCGUCGUUAGCUGCCUCACCGUACAGCGCUUUUAACGCAUUAGGACCGUAUUAUUCACCGUAUGCGAUCUACGGUCAGCGAAUCGGUGCCGCUGUACAUCCUUAAAUUUGGGAUUUUCUACGGUGCAAAGAUUUUCAGUGUACAGUAUAGAAUAGUGUAAAAUAGAAGAUUAUCGAUAA